AUGCAUGCACUAAUAUUUGCUGUACAAGAGAUUAACCAAGAUCCAGAACUCCUUCCCAACACUACACUGGGCUACCAGAUUUUUGACACUUGUAUUGCUUUACGCCGAGCAGCAGAAGGAGCACUCUGGAUGUUGUCAGGUGAACAAUACAUUACACCAAAUUAUUGCUGUGUCAAUGGGGCACCACUUGCUGGUAUCAUUGGGGACUCAGGAUCCACAAGAUCUAUUCUUAUGGCUCAGAUCUUGGGACUGAAACAAUAUCCACUGAUCAGUUAUUUUGCAAGCAACCCUCUUCUUGGUGAUCGGAACAUGUUUCCCUCUUUUUUCCGCACCAUACCAAGUGAUGAGUUUCAAAUGAGAGGCUUGGCACAUCUCGUAUCUUUUUUCGGUUGGUCUUGGGUUGGUCUGUUGGCCAGUGAUGAUGACUAUGGUCAAUAUGGAAUCCAGAUGGCCAAACAGGAGAUUAUAAAUUCUGGAGCUUGCAUUGCUUUUACUCAAAAUAUUUUGACGGGUCAGCCAAACAGGAAUGCUCCACAUAUUGUCCAAGUCAUUAAAGAAUCAACUGCAAAAGUUGUCAUCGUAAUUGCAUCUGAUUCUGACUUUCUUAUUGUGAUGGAAGAACUGUUGAGGCAAAAUGUGACUGGAAAAAUCUGGGUAGGCAGUGAAGCUUGGGUGACUUCUUCUCUACUCUCUGAUAAACAAUUCCUUGAUGUUUUGGCAGGUACCAUUGGUUUUGCCAUCCAUGGUGGGAAAAUGCCAAAUUUUAAUAAUUAUCUCAACAAUCUCCAACCAUCAAAAUAUCUUUAUGAUUCCUUCAUGAAGGAACUCUGGGAGAAAAUGUUUUCAUGUACGUGGAACAGUCAGGAGAGCAGAGAUAUACUGAUGGCCAAUACCACAAUCCAAGCAUGUACUGGCAACGAGACACACAAGGACAUUCUAACUGAAGACAUUUACAGGGUGUCUCUAAAUGUAUAUGUUGCUGUGUAUGCAAUUGCAUGGGCACUGCAAAGUUUUCUUCAUUGUAUACCUGGAAAAGGACCAUUCCAACAUGGAGCCUGUGCCAAUAUUUCCUCAUUUCACCCUUGGCAACUACUCGGUUAUAUUAAAAAUGUCCAUUUUCAGACCAAAGAUGGAAGGCACAUCUUUUUUGAUGCAAAUGGAAAUCCUCCAGCUCUUUAUGACAUUGUAAACUGGCAUGUGAGUGCAAAGGGCACCUUGGAGCAAGUUGUAGUUGGAAGCUAUGACUUAAAUGCUGCAGAUGGGAAGAUACUGAAAGUAGACAGAUCUGCUAUAACAUGGUCUAAUAAUAUUACUCAGGUUCCUAUUUCCAAGUGCAGCCCAAAUUGUACACCUGGAUUUAGGAAGGUUAUAGUACCUGGAAAACCUCAUUGCUGCUAUGAGUGUACUCCAUGUCCUCAAGGACAGAUUUCAAACCAAACAGAUUCUUUAGAAUGUCAUCCAUGCUCCUGGGACCAUUGGCCCAAUCUACAACAGGACAGAUGCUUGCCAAGAACAACAGAAUUUCUUGCCUAUGAAGAACCUUUGGGUUAUAGCUUAUCAGCUGCAUCCAUCCUUUCCUCCCUGAUUCCACUAGUUAUGUUUGGAAUUUUUUUUCACUAUAAGAAAACACCAAUUGUCCGAGCCAACAACUAUUUUCUAAGCUGUCUUCUCCUGUUUUCCCUUUUUCUCUGUUUCCUUUGCUCUUUAGGGUUCAUUGGUUACCCACAACCUGAAAAGUGUCUUCUGCGCCAGGUGGCAUUUGGGAUGGUUUUUGCUCUUUGUAUCUCCUGUGUUCUGGCCAAAACCAUCACUGUUAUUAUUGCCUUUAAUGCAACUAAGCCAGGCAGCAGUCUGAAAAAAUGGAUAGGGGUAAAGCUGUCUUUGUGUGUCAUUGUGUUUUGUGUCUCUAUUCAAUUGUUUGUUUGUGUGAUGUGGUUGACCUUCUCUCCACCAUUUUCUGAAUUUGACACUGAAACAAAACCUGGAAUUGUCAUUGUUUAUUGCAAUGAAGGGUCUGCCAUUGCUUUCUGGUGCAUGCUGGGAUAUCUUGGACUCUUGGCCAUCAUCAGUUUCAUUGUUGCCUUCUUGGCCAGACGUCUCCCUGAUAGUUUCAAUGAAGCCAAAUUUAUCACAUUCAGUAUGUUGGCUUUCCUCAGUGUCUGGGUGUCCUUUAUCCCAGCCUAUCUCAGUGCACGGGGCAUGUAUACUGUGGCAAUGGAGGUCUUUGCCAUUCUGUCUUCCAGUUGGGCUUUGGUGGUCUGUAUCUUUGUGCCAGAAUGUUUUAUUAUAUUGUUCAGAACCAAUAUGAACUCCAGAGAACAUCUCAUGGGCAAAGGGAGAGGCCAAAGAUAAUUGUGAGCUCCUGUGAGCAGGGUAAUCUGAUCCUAUUUGUAUUGUGCAACCCCUGUUAAGUUAUUGUAAGAACCCUGUUUGUUAUAAAUGAAUGUAAAGAUCUACAUAAUAUUCUUGUGAUA